AGGUAUGGUAGCUACCCCAUUCAAUGCAAUAUGAUAUUGCACCUCAGCCUGACAGUUAGGAGUCAAAAGCUGCUACUGCCCGAACUUUGCGUAUGACUCGACUUACUCUCCUUCACCUCCGCCCUUUACGUAUCGGCUGCCCCGUCAUGCGUCAACAGUGUUGCUAUCUUUCAGCCGUUUGACGAUCUCUGGUUACCGACGGUCCAACGCUGGAUCGGAGCACUUGACCUCCCAUGCAACGGCAAAACGCGCCCGCACAGUCUCGCUUUGGUGCGAGAGUGAGCGUCACUAUCCUCCUUGCGGUACUCAUAUCCGCAUUUGCUACCGGCACAGACCUUGGACCUCUUACUUCGGACUACGGACAAGGCCGUCUACUCGCCAAAGAUGAUACCCUUGGUGGCUUCCCUUACCUUCUUGGCUCUUUCAGCGGCCUGGGCAUAGAUCGUGAGGGGGAUAGAGCGCGUGAACCGCAGGGCUUGGAUAUUCUCAACCGGGCUUCUGACGACCGGCGGUCUCUCGGGAACAACCGGUUCGGAGAGAGCGAGAUCUUGAUGGGUGAGCUUCAGCAAUGGUUGUUUGUGCCAGAUUCCACGGCUGGCAACAGCUCCGAUGCUCAGAGCGACAACAUCUCGAAGCGCGCUAGUACUGCAGUUUACGUAUCCCUCACGAUUUGCUCUGCGCCAAUUCUUAAUGAGUCUAUUUCGAACACUGCCCAGGCAUUACCUCAGCUGGCUGUUUAUGUUUCGACUUCUGACUCCCUUCAGGACCCAGGUCCGCAUCAUAAGAGCGAUAGUGGUCAAACUGUUUAUCACUCUUCAGAGGGAUACAUGAGUGCGACUGUAAGUGCUACAUCUGAGGUGUACAUUGCUGUAGCUGCGCCGAGUAAUGGGAACUUCUCUGGAUCCUAUUCUUAUCAGCUAGCGGUCUCCACGGAAGAUUUCUUUCACAACGUUGAUGACCGGGCUGCUCUGCUUUCCUUUAAUGAUUCCGGCUCGGAAACGGCACUUCUGACUACUGUUAGUCCUGCCGAUGAGAUUCUCACCGAGGAGCAGCGAAAACAAUGGGAGAACAACACCACUGUUUACAAAUUAUUUGUUAAUAACGCGAAUAGCACCAUUGGAUCUGGCUUGUCCCGUUCCUAUUGCGCCCUUGCCCAACAUUCGCAGGCUAGUAAUGGCCAUAAUGUCGAAGCAAGUAUGUCAAGGCGCAAGAGUGAUGACAGUACAUUCCAAGAGCAGUUCUAUGUCACCGGCUUGAACCGCAGCUCAACAUAUGUGGGCAUAUUAGCGAUGGGCAACACGACUGAGUUCGGGAACGGAAUAGUCGGUGGAGGAGGAAAAGUUUGGAAGGCGAAGAAGUUCUCAACGAAAUCAGACGGCAACUGCGACGUGAUCUACGACCUUGACUUUUGCUCAGAUGUCGCUCACUCAGUACCCUCUAACCCUUCAAUGAACAUGUCCGAGGUUCGCGCCAAAUAUGACAACUAUGCCGCAAAUCUUUACAGAAACUUCAAUUUCUCCCUUCAACAAAUCCAAUGUAAUACCUCCAACGAAACAAUUUACUCAAUGGCAGUCAGCUGCGACGACUGCGCGGCCGCUUACAAAUCCUGGCUCUGCGCCGUCACCAUUCCUCGCUGCGACGACUACUCCAGCACAUCCAAUAGGACUGCUGUCAUGGUGCGUAAUGCGGCGCAACCUUUCCCUAAUGGCACCGAGAUCACAAACCAGACCCUCCGCGAUAGCCCGAUCACCAAUCGUCCUAGAAACAGCGGGCUGAUUGAUACGGAAAUCAACCCCGGUCCAUAUAAGGAAGUGCUUCCCAAUGUCAGUUUCUGCCAUAACCUCGUGCGAAGCUGUCCUAUGUCACUUGGGUUCUCAUGUCCAAGCGGAAAGUACCUGACUUAUUCUUAUGAUACCAGCGCUGCUCCAAGUGGACGAAUAUCAAAUCCUUUGUGGGCUGUUAUAAUGGUUUAUUUUACAAUUGUGAUGGUGUUUUAGUCCUUUUCAAACUCGUCUUCCAAUCUGUUACGCGCUACGCCCUAUGCAUGGAAGUUCGAUUUACUCUACAUAUACCCUUUCUGUUCGUAUAGAUACAAUUCAUGGAUCACCCUGGGAUGAAUACUCAUCUAAGAGUUUAUGACUUUGAUGUGCAAGGUGGCUAUCGAAGUUCCGUGGAAACAAUUGUCCGUUGCCUUGAACUACAUGUCGAUAAUGUGCCUAAGCAGGAUACUCUGCACAACAAACGCAAGGGUCGUGCUC